CACCGCGGGUAAACAGUCCCCGCCGGCGAGGCCAGCACCCGGGGGAGCCCGGCCGCCGCCCGGCCCAGCCGCCGCCCGCACGCCGGGGAGCGCGCCGCCGAGGCGCAGGCGAGAGGCGCGGGCGCCGGCGCGGCGAUGGAUUUCCAGCAGCUGGCGGACGCUGCGGAGCAAUGGUGCUCCAACACGCCCUUCGAGCUCAUCGCCACCGAGGACACCGAGCGCAGGAUGGAUUUCUACGCCGACCCCGGCGUCUCCUUCUACGUGCUGUGUCCGGACAACGGCUGCGGCGACAGUUUCCACGUGUGGAGUGAGAGCGAGGACUGCCUGCCUUUCUUACAGCUAGCGCAGGAUUACAUCUCCUCCUGCGGCAAGAAGACGCUCCAUGAAGUCUUGGAAAAAGUCUUCAAGUCCUUCAGACCUUUACUGGGGCUUCCAGAUGCAGAUGAUGAUGCCUUUGAAGAGUACAGUGCGGACGUGGAAGAGGAGGAGCCUGAGGCGGACCACCCCCAAAUGGGGGUCAGUCAGCAGUAAAACCGCGAGCUGCCUCUGGAGAAGGAGUGAGCCCUGCGGUCCCCUUGGUGGGGUUGUGUCUCCUGGGUUAGCAUUUGGCGUUAGCACCUCGAAACAGGACAUCUGGCUCCCAGCAUCCAAAUUCAAAUGAAAUACCUUUUUAACGACCACAAGAUAUCUGUGAAUGAGCUUUGCUCAGAAUUGACCUGAAUUUCAGUCCCACUUCAGUGGGGUUUCUUUGAAAUCGUCUUGGUAGCCUUUGCCACUUUGAAUCUAGAGUCCAUUUUGUGGCUGCCUAUUCCCUCUUAAGUUUAUGUUGGAGAAUUAGCAUUUGCUGGCUGGAAUGCGGAGAACUGAGUGUAUUAAGGGUGUGUUUUGAGUCCUCACAGGUGACCUUGCUGAGGAGAAGCAUGGCAGAGAAGAAAUACAGUCUGCACUUUUUAUGUACCUUUAAGUGUCUGUAAGUGAAAGAUUUUGCUUAUAAAGCAUGAGUUUUAAUAUCUAGUCAUUAAAGUGCACAAGUGCAAAGGCAAGAGCAGAAGAGGAGACUCACUUAGCUUUGGAUUAAGAGGUUGAGAGAGGCAGAGAAGCCAUGAGAUUUUCACCAUUACUAAAUUAAUACCUGCGUAUGCAGCAGCUAGUUCCUGAAUAGGUGUAAAUGUUACUUUCUUGUUCAGUUUGAAAAUAUGCUAAUUCCAAAGCUACUUUUAAAGCCUAAAAUAGUGGAAGAUACAAGUGAGGUGAAAGACAUAGAUUGUUGACUUCUUUCAGCUAUUUAUAAAGUGUCCCACACAGAAAAUCAAACAUUUCCUUUUCUCUUUCUAAUGAGGUGGAAACUUGUUAAAUUGUGAAAACACCUAGAAUCCAAGUAAGUGCCACUUAAAUUUUGAAGCCAUAGAUAAAUUUAAUAGGAAAAUAAAUCAGGAUAAAAAUUUUUUAAAUACAAUAGAAUUCUCGUUUACUUUCUUAAUCUUUUACUCCUUAAAAAUGAAAAGUCAAGAAAAGGCUCCUGUUAGGUUAUUUAGUUAGAAUUAUAAUCAAGUACUUUUAAGGGACCUAAUGGCAGUGAAUUCUUAGAGUACCAUGAAAACAGGAAUAUUAAUCAUGGGGUGACUGGUUUCAAAGGGGGCAUUUUAAUGAUCAAGAUACUCACACAACUCACAGAGACAAUUUUUGUCAUAGCCAACAGAUAGUUACGGGUACAUCCUUUGCAACACUAACAUGGAAUUAUUUGAAACACUCAUUUUCUCGGACCCUUUCGCAUCUCUUGAUUCUAAUACCUAAGAAUGCGGUGCUUCCUUUAUACUGUUUGACUAUUCCUGGCAUCUGGGUUGGAGAUGUUUUUAAUCAUGCACACAUGUGGCCAUGAGGUCAUUAUUAUUUUGAAUUGAAAAAAAAGAAAAAAGAAAAACCAGGAGUAGCCGAAGCCACAGAUCUCAUGGGAGUCCUGUAUAUCUUCCAGGCAUCUCAGUGUAAACCUGAUCAUCUCCACGUUUUCGGAGUGGCGCUGUGGGGAGUUCAGCCAUUCAUGGUCGAAUAGUGUACUCCAGUUGCAAGUCCUAGGGUGAGAUAACACAGUGGUUUCCAUCUCUGCUUUAGUACCCACGUGAUCUUUGCUUGGGAAACCUGAUCGGUUAAUUUCAAGUUCAAUGAAUUUUUCAAGUAGCCUAUUAGCAAAACCCACUCUGGAUGAGUGGGUUCCACCCUUUGCAGCCCUGCCUGUGUUCCCACCAGCUCUGCUCUCAGCAAAGAAGGCUGAGCUCUUCAGUCUGUGGCUUUUGCCCAGUUUGGUAAUAUCCACUUUUAUACAGUGGACUGUAAGAAUGCCUUCCGCAACAGAAGUGAAGCUCUGCUAGCUUGCUGCAUCCUAAGGUAUACUGGAAUUUUAUACAUAGAGACUUUAAAUCUAAAUUUAUGUAUGUUUGGAAAUGGAUGGACAUUUUAUCAAGAAAGUAUUUAGACUUUGUCCAAUACAUUUGGUAUUAUUGUGUUAAUGUUCUCUGUAUAACAAGGGAGCUGAGAUAGACUGGGCCAUUCAGUGAGCUGAUGAGAACUGCGGGCUUUGUUCCACCCCAGGGCUAGGAGAGAGCAACCCUGGAUGGGACUUACUUUCCAUGGCAGAACCCCAAAGGCAUUAGCAAAUCAAAUUGUUUCCUUUCAACUUCCUUUCUUUAAUAGUGUGCAGGGUUCUCCUAGUGCUCCCAUUCUCACAGACACUCACACUCACACCUGCCAUUCUGGCUACUUUUUUUGGAGCUUUGAAGCAAGACCAGCACGUGAGGUGAAUGAGAUUGGCAGCCUGUGGGUUGUUUUGAGCUGGGACAAGUUCAUGACCUUCCCUAAAGAUCCACAUCAGAGUCACUUACCAGGAGGCAGCAAUGGUAUGGGAGGAGUAUCUCUUGGAGUAUGCAGGGCAGCUGGGUCUUAGUUUGACUCUGCUAUUGUCUGUAGGACCAUGACGAGUCCUUUCACUGGACUCUGCAUCAGUGCUCUCUGUUCUUCCAGCAUUAAACACUGCUUCUGCACCUGCCUUAGGAAGUACAUGUGCGUAGGGGUAACAGUCACGGGCAGUUAGGACCAGGAGAAGGAUGUGUGUUUGGAAUCUUGCCAAAGAUGCUGUCUUGGCAAAGGAUGAUGGCCACCAGCCCCACUUAGAAUAUGUUGGCCUGUGAGCAUCCAACAAAGGAGUCUAGACUGCACCCAGGCAGUGCAGCCAGUCUGCUUUUCUCCCUCCAAGAAGGUGAAGUGAAGCCCCAGAGGAUGUACUUGUCUUGACCAUCCUUGUUCCAUUUGCAGAAGGUAGAGCUUCGCCUGGUGCCCUGACACCUGACACUGGGGGCUUUGGGUAUGCUAACUGGGGUGGGGGGAAAUGUGCAUGAGACUAGCUGGAAGAGAAUAACAAGAUAAAUAUUUUGACUUUCUUGUCCUGUCAUUCAAGAGAGAGAAAGUGACAGUGAAAGUAAAGUCAGGGAGCCCGUGGGCGUGUGAGAAUGAGGUGGUAUGAGAGAGAAUGAGGUGCCAUCAAUGGCUGGCUUAUCGUGUGGCCAGCUGUGACAUUUGGAAUCAUGCUUGUGAUCACACUACAGAGCCAUGGUCCUGGAUGUCGGUGAGCCGUGCAGAUGCUCUUGUGGCCUGGCUCCUUUGCUCUGCCCAGUGGUCACGUUGUGCAGGCUUCAGGGAAUCAGUGGAUUUUGGAGCCAGGGAGAGAGGCAAAGCCCAUGUGGUGCCUGGCACCGCCACGAGUUCUGCUACACAGAGGCUCCACUCCGUGUGUGUCGUCCAGGCCACAGCAACACAUGGUACAUUUUUUUUCAUAACUAGAACACAGAAAGUUCAUUAUGCAGGGCUAUUCUUGUGUCCUGGUGCCCGAUUUGGGUGUCUAGUGUACUUAAGUGGAAACUUCUCUCCUUUAGUAGUGACCGGCAUUGUGUAUAAAUAGAAACUGUUCUCUAGCACAAUACACGUCUCUGAAUAUAGUUUCUGUUUCAUGAGAGCACAAAGUGUAUGGUCCUAGGGGAGCUGUGACCUCAGUGUGUCACUGCAAUUUGUAUUUUAGGAACCUGCUUUGCAUGUUAAAAAUUCAUGGGUUGAAAAACUGGCACAAAUCUGAUAUCCCAUAGUGAGGGGGAUGUCAGAAUACAUAGGAUUUAAUUUGGGUGUGAGGAGAUGAACUGGGGUGGGAGGAAAGUUAAGUCUUAAAGUCAGGUCUGACUUGUGAAACACAAAAAUAAAAACCAGUCAUCAGUCACCAUGUGAAGCAUAGGAAAACUUUCCAUGUCUGUCUCUAGGGGCCUUCUUUGCUCAGAGAGAGAGUGUUGAGAAGAUGUUGGCAGUGGGUUUGUGGCUUUAAAAACACCCCCCAGCCAGGGACACAGCAGAUGUCCUGCACAUCUGGUGGACUCCUUUCUUGAAGGAACCCAGCUGCCAGCCAGAGAAGCCUGGCUUUCUGGAGAGCUGGUAGAUCCAGGAAGGGCCAUGGUGAGGGCAUGCAAGGUGGCCCACCUUCCCCACCUGCUCCAGGUUGCAGAGGAAACACAAGGACAACUCCAGCUGGGAUAGGUUGCUUCUUCCCAAGGGUGAGCCAGCUCCAAGAGAGGCUGUUGCUGGUUGCUUCCUCUUUAGAGAAGCCUAAGGGUUUUUUUUUUUUUUUCUUUUUUUGCAUUAAAAAUAAUCCUCUUUCAUAACGACUCACUCAGUUAUCUUGGCCUUCUGAUAACACGUGUGACACAAUAAGCUGUGCUCUUUUAGAUUUUAUACAGAAUAAUUCUAAAACUCGCCAGAAUGCCUAUAACCUGUGGUCUCUAUAGCAGUGACUAUUUCAUGGUAAGAAUCUGAUUUAAAGCACUGUAAGGCAUAAGCAGUUAAAAGUGUGUCCCAGGCCACAUACAAAUGAACAUUUAGUUGAGUUGUUCGGUACUGGAAGACGUUGGCAGUCUGUUCUUGAUAAACUACUUUUCCCUGGGUGUUAUGCUUUGUUUUGUUUUUGUUUCUCAAGAUUCAUUUUUUCACCAGGUACUAUAAAGAUGCAGGAUGGCAAAAUGUCAGUUUCUUAGAGGAGGAAGUAGAUCUUCAGUGUUAGACAAACCUGACACACUCUGUGAUCCAGUCCUGAUCUGUGCAUCAAAAGCAAAAUGUAGCCACCUACACAAGAAGCGAAAAAGGAAGGAAUGGGGUUUUGGUUUGUUUUUUGCUUCGUUGUUGUUGUUGUUUUAGGCAAGAAGUGUUUCCUGUAGGAUGUGUGUUCUUUCUUUGCUUUUAUAUUUCCUUUAAAACAAAUCUCUUGUAAAUUAGAAAACUGUGAAAUGGGUUGCCAAAAACUGUUGCCCUUUGUUAGAUGCCUCAAACCCUAUAAAUCCUCUCUUGCCCCCGUCCCCAUCUGCUCCCUCCUCCCUUCCCGGGAGAGCAGGAGCUCAUCCAACACUGUAAUUACCAUCCGCUUGCUAUUAAAGAGCCUUCCAAA